GAAACGGUAUCUUGCCAUUUAUUGGGUUAAAUCAUAGUUAAGUUUAUGUUGUUGUAUUCAAGCAUGGUAAUAAGUGCACACCAGUGCAUGUCACAUGGCCGUGAUAACCAUUGAUCAACCAGGAUCACGUGUUUGCAGCGCUGUACCAGAUAUUUUGUAUAUUUGUGGAAUAGUUAAGUGUUAUAUCAUGCGUUAAGGAAGAAUGUCUAUAUCAAAGCUCAUGAGGUUAAUCUUAGAAUUCAUUAAGCUCGAUGAAAAACAGCCCUUUUUGCACGCAGUUCGCCUGAUAUAUCGGAUCCCUUUGUGUAGUAGAACAUUGUAUAAAGUAUAGAUUAGCGUCGAUACAUAGCUUUGACUUGUGUAUUGGAAAAUUGCAUAUAUGAAGACUAUAAUAGCAUCUACAACAACAGGCUAUAUAUUGACAUCAAAAAUUAGGUAAAACGGCAACAUUGUACAGAAGCAAAUGGUUCACUUCUUUUGAUGCAAGCUGCAUUGGAUUUGUUCUGCCGUCGUUGUCAUUUUUUUCAUUUAAAGUAUUGUUUUUCCAGACUCCUAUCCCGUGGAGCGCGACAGACACUAGAGGAGAGGGGAGACAGAUUCGAAGGACCUGACCCACCUGCUGCCAGUUUGUGAGUUGGAUUGGUCUGCCGGUUUAACUUUGUAAAUGUCGCUGUAAUUGCCGUCCAUUGGUUACUUGAAGGCUGUUAUAGCCUUCAUAAGGAGAGAGCUGCAGGCUGAAGCACUGGUAUGGAUACCCAUGGUGACUGUACCAAGAUGAACGGAUCCAGCAGAAAGAACGGAAAGACCCUGAGAAACGGACAGGCCAGGAAGCACAAUGGGUUCACGCCAAAGCAGCUUCCAUCCGAAACGACUGGAUUUGAGGAGUCGUUCGAAGAAACACCGUUACUUGUCGCUCUGUUGACGUACAUGAGUUUCGUGGUGCUGGUUAUGAUCGGUUACGUCAGAGAUAUACUUAAUUUCUUCGGUUUGGACAGGGAACAUGGAUAUACAGAACCCAAAAUAGAGGGUUUCGUACCAUUGUACCACAGCUGGGAAUCGUUUUACACCCGCCAUAUAUACCGACGUGGUCGGGAUACCGUCAACAGACCCGUGGGCAGCGGCGCUAGUACCAAGUUUAAGUUGUUAGAGAGGACGUCGCCGGAUUAUUUCUGGAAUUUUCAUUUAACAGGUAGGAAGUUAGAUUGUUUGAACUUUGGAUCUUACAACUAUCUGGGAUUUGCCGAUGACUAUCCACCGUGCCGGCAGGAGGUGGAGCGCACUACAGUACAAUAUGGUGUCGGUGUUGGCGGAAGUAGACAAGAAUUGGGAUAUCAAGAUAUUCAGGCUGAGCUGGACUCAGUCGUGGCGCGAUUUUUGGGAGUGGAAGCUGCCAUUACGUGUCCAAUGGGAUUCGCCACGAAUUCUAUGAAUAUUCCCAGCAUAGUGGAUAAGGGUUGCUUGAUCCUCAGUGACGAAUUCAACCAUGCUUCUCUAGCAAUGGGGGCAAGACUGUCUGGUGCCACUAUAAAAGUAUUUAAGCACAAUGAUAUGAACGACUUGGAGCAGAAGUUACGGGAGGCCAUUGUGGACGGGAUGCCAGCCACCCACAAAGCCUGGAAGAAAAUACUCAUCUUGGUGGAAGGCAUUUAUAGUAUGGAAGGUUCUAUAGUUCGCUUACCAGAGGUUAUAGCGUUGAAAAAGAAGUACAGGGCCUACUUAUAUGUUGACGAGGCUCACAGCAUCGGUGCUACCGGCUCCCACGGUAAAGGCGUCGUAGACUACUUCGGCGUUGACCCUAACGAUGUGGAUAUACUGAUGGGGACAUUUACCAAAAGCUUUGGUGCCGCCGGGGGCUACAUAGGUGGUUCCAAGAAAUUAAUAGACCAUCUACGAGUACAAGCUCAUAGCUCUAUUUAUUCAUGUGCAAUGUCGGCACCUGUUGCCCAGCAAAUCAUCAGUGUGAUGAAGAUACUCAUGGGGGAAGACGGCACUACUGAAGGACAGAAGAGGAUUACUCAGCUGAAGUGGAACACUCGUUAUUUCCGCAGGAGGUUACAGGAGAUGGGCUUUAUUAUCUAUGGAAAUAAGGACUCCCCAGUUGUGCCUUUACUGUUGUUUUUACCGGGCAAAGUCGUAGCCUUCAGUCGGAUCGCCCUGGAGAGAGGCUUAGGCAUCGUGAUUGUCGCAUUCCCCGCGGUCCCCUUGUCGGAGUCCAGGGCCCGCUUCUGCCUGUCCUCCACCCACGACAAGGAGUCUCUAGACAGGGCACUCAAAAUUAUAGAUGAAAUGGGUGAUCAGUUGAAAGUCAAAUACUCUCAAAGGCCAUUGAAGCCUCUAACGAUGGAAAAGAAGGAAGAGUUGGAAGAUGGAGAAGAGAGUAUAGAAAAAGCGGGUACUUUGAGAAGGUAGAUGUCUACAACAACAACAACAGAGAAAACGGCGUCGCUAGCAUUGACAGGCAACCGCAUAGGACAAGAGGCGAUGGGUUAGGUAAUUUUCCUUGUUGAGACUGGUGCAUUUUAUUGUAUUGACACUAGAAGCGGAUUUAGGGUGGCCAACAAGACAGAGGGACUAGUAACUCUAGACUUAGGAGAAAGGUGCCACAGAAAACCAAAGAAUUCUACAUCCUGAGAAAUGUUGGCAAAUUCCAUCAAAAUAUCGGACCUAGUGGGUUGGCCUAGAAGAACGACGGUUUUCCAGUCCUUUAUGGGAACGGCUGUAUAUACCAAUUAUUUGUCUACGUUAUCUGGACGCAUCCGUAAACACGGGCCUCGACCGACAUAGAACAACUUUUCAAGUGUGAAUAGUACCAGUUUUGUUUUCUUGUUCGAUGAACAGCAGUGCUUUUGGAAUCGAAAUGGAACUUUUAACUUAGUUUGGAUGAACUCCUUACGAGUGGAUGUUCGUGUCUUGGUCUUUUCUCAAUGUCACCUAAUCCACUUCUGUACAAAAGAAAAGAAAUACUCGGAUCGCUUGACUUCCCUUUUCCACGUGCUCAUGCUGUUCUUGUUCUUAUACUGUCCAUGUAUAUAGGACAACUUUGGGGGAGGAGAUUUUCCUCUUUUGACGAAGACAUAGAUUGGUAUGGUAAAGAAGACAAGCGGUUGUACUUACAGAAGUUCUUCCCUUUGUGGAUGUGGUUAACCUUUCCUCAAAUGAUCUGAACCACCAGUAUCUCGUUCUUUUUAUAAAUUAUUGCGUAGCGUGAAAACUUCUCACGAGGUGGUUAUAAUAAGCAGCAAUCCCCUUGCACGUUCCGGAUUACGCAUGAGGUAGAAUUGUCUGCCCUGUAUAUACGUAUGUGUGGGGGAAAGUCUUAUGUUCGUAGCCAUUGCACACAUGUUAGUGCUUGUAUAUAAGUGUGUGUAGGUCUUAUGGGAAGGAAAACUUGUAUGCGUGUGCUUUAGGCUAUAGUAGUUGACAGCGUAUAUGGUUGAGUGAGCUUUGUGGUCAUACUGCGUCUGUGUUAGUCUGCAGACUGAGCACGCGUUGUCUCAGACAAGUCGUAGGCCAGGCUGGACUCGCAUUAAUCCUCUCCAUUACAAUUACAGGCAGUCCAAAACAGUCUCAGAUCAACGAUUUGUGUGUGU